AGAACAUUAAGCCUGAAUGGUCGAGCGACGCUGUGAAAAACUUCCGACAUCGGUGAUGAGCCUAAAAUAUCCACAUUCAUCUAACACCGCGUGAGCAAUGUCAAGGUUGGGCCGAUACUUGAUAUCUGCGGUUUGCUCCCAAUGAGGUUACAGUGGUAUCGACGCAUUGUGGUGUGGGACGGUGGUGUCGCCCAUGAGCAAGCAAACAAACUUUAUAGCACCCGAGAUGGGCAUCAGCGACGUCACUACAUACCUUUCCAGGCGAAGUCGACAUUAAGACGAAUAUAAACCCAACAAGGACCCUGUUCCCUUUGUAAUCGAUUUUGCCUCGUCACCUACAACAAAGUAUAUUCGGUGAAUUUCUACAGUCCUCUUUCAUAUUGGCCAGUGCCACAGCUCUCAUAACAGAUGGAUUCCCAACUUACGAGCUUCGAUCCACACGGUCUGCUGGAUAUUCCUCCACCGAUCCCUCAUUAUUCCAUUCCCCUUGAUCGGAUUGAGAUCUUCACUCAUGAGGGGCCACCAAUUCUUGCAUAUCGUCGUCCUUUGGAGCAUCACUUCCCAGGGUUACGACAUGACAUCAACACCCACCGCUGGCUAGGCACCAUGGAUCUAUCAAGACGGCUCUACCCCUAUCUUGGUCGAUGGAACAUUUCACAGAGGUCUAUCUCGCAGGCCCUCCGGUCGCUAUUCAAUCACUUCAAGCGGAGCGAUUGUACAGAUUACUUUCACGACAGCAUCUACAAAAGCCUGAGCGCUCUCCUGCACGAAGACAUGGUCGCUCCCGCCUACGCUGACCGCAGCAUCCAACGCUGCCGCCGGCAAUUUAUCGCCCUUGCCUUCUUCGCCCAACUCACACAGUCGUCGUAUCUAGCCUCAGCCUUGGGACGAUUCAUCAGCCGACGCUACCGCGAACUGUUCGACCACGAACGCACAAUGUACAUCGACCAAUGGGCCACCGCCCUCAUGGCCAUCCAGGACCUCCACUACAUGCCCGAUAUCAGCAGAUAUAUGGACCUCUUCAUGAAGCGUGGGUACAACAACGUUAUCCCCUCCUUCGCCGGCCCACGCAUCUACGACUCCCCACCGUGGGACUUGGGUGAGCCGAUGAGGCAUCAUGUUCCCUUUGGCUUUGAUCGUGGGAGAAGUCGAGGAAGUAUGAUCGGAUAUGGGCUGCCGCCGAGGGCUCUUACGCUUUCGCCUCGAAUGGGUAUGAGGUAUAGAUCACCAAUGUCAGUCAUGGGGCCUUCAUACAUGUCGCCACCGUACUCGAUGAGUGGGCAAAGCACAGGUAUGCUGGUGCGGCAUCUGGUAGAGCAGCAGGACAUCAUGGCGGAGAAUAUCGAGGACAUCCGUGAGGACGUGGAGGCGUUGCCAUUCCUGCGGUGAUGGAAAGUCUGUCCUAGUCGCUAAAGUUCCAUCUCCUGCAUUUGCAUCUUCCUUCUAGCAUGACAUACCCAAUGUUUUCUGAUAGCCCUUUUCUUUUCUUUCUUCCUGUGUGGGCUAUCAUAGAGGGAUAGACUCGCGGUUAUCUUGUUACCCCCUCUAUGUUCGAGGAUCUUCUUUUACGUUUCAUCUAUCGUAACGUUUGGCGUAAUAGCAUGAGCGAGUGGGGAGGCACUGUAAUGAACUCAGUCAGUCGAGCAAAUUAUACCAUAGCAUAACACAACUGUAUCUUAGAAAUGUCAAUUAGUAUGAUAGCAAUAUCCGAUAUCAAA